UGUGCGCAAAAGCUGCCGAGCAGUCGAUCUACAACUGAUCCGUCUCACGUUUUUCGACCAGGAACACGCGUUGGAAGUCGACGCGCGCGGCGCCGCUCCGGUCGAGCGCCCGCACCCUGUGCCGCGGACCAUGCGCGUCACGGGAGGUAAGCCGAGGACAUGUCCGCGUUUGUCGGCGGGGCAGAGACACGCCAGGAAGCCGCCCGACGCGCCGCGAGUCGUCGCGCAACUCGCGAACUUCCUGCCUGUCAGUGGGCUGUACAGCAGCGACGCGUCAAAACAUGCCCUCGCUCAGGGACUCGCUCGAGUCCGGACUGGACUUCAUUGAGUUCCUCGGGGAGAGGAAAUCCCUCACGAGCAAACUGCAACUUCGAGACAUCUUCAACUCGGAGUUCAGGCGCAGAGAAGGAAUUAAAGACCCCACCUUCUCCAAGGUCGUCUAUGCUCUCCGGAGGUUCGACAGAGUCUCCACGAGACGGGGGGAAAUCCACAUCGAUGUCAGACCUCAGGUUCGAGUGUACUGUGACCAGUGGAGGAGGCCCCGGGCCCCUCAGAGCGCAGCCGAGAGCCCUGCGGCGCCCUCCUCCGUCGCCUCGACCCCCGUGGCCCCUGUGCUCACCCCCAAGAAGAAGUUGGCCACAGAAAUUCUUCACAAGUUAAAGGUUAACAGGAAAUCGCUGACGGCUGACAAGGGGGGCAUCGAAAUCACCUCGGACCCUGUGGCAAGCGAUGGAGCCGUUCAACUGACUGUGGAUCGUCUACGGGAGCUGUUCGUCGUCAGGUUCCACAUUGUGAACAACGGCUCAGAAAGCAUCCACUUCACCUACUACACCGCCCUGCACCGGAUCCGCUGUUUCACCCUGGUGGACGAGAGGAGAGUGAACAGAGUCUGUCCACUCUUCCUCUGCGCUGGAGAAAGUUAUGAGGUCGUGGUUCGGUACACGCUGAAUCAUUACGGAUAUUUCCCGGCCACAAUGUACUUUGAGUUCUGCCCAGAACAGCCUGGAUCUAAGCCCUUCUGCAUUGUGAGGGAGAUGGUGGCCGCUGCCCGGACCCCUCUGGCCAUGGAGCUGGGGCCUGUGGCUCCUUACAAACCAUUCCAGGUGGUCACAUACAAGUCGGUCAAAACCAUGAUAGUGGAGGGCAUGCCUCCUGAGAAUCGCGUUGUGCAGACUCAAAAGACGAUAGUUAAAUUGGGAGACUACAAGUACCCUCGCUACCUGAAGGAACUGGCUAAACAAAGGAUGGAGGACUCUGAGUACCUCUCUCCAACUGCCAGAGAGAAACUUCCAUCAGUGAAGAGCCUCUUCAAGUGUACCCUUAAUAUGAAGGACUACGGCCGCCGACUCCACCUCCUGCUUCACCUGGAGGAGAUACAGAUGGAGGUGGACAUCAGGAAGUAUGACCUCCGCGAUCAAACCAUGACUCCAGACCAAAGCAACAAAAAACUACUCGCACUCAGAGUUCCUGGUGUCGCUGAGAAUCGGCCGUCUGUACUUCGAGGAGACUGCCUGAGGGUGUCCAAAUCUGAGGACACAGUCGAGCCGAUCACUGUGUACAACGGAUAUGUUCACAGAGUGGAGCUGGACAGUGUGAAGCUGGGCUUCGCAAAGAGGUUGUUGCAGACAUUUAUCAGCAACAUGAAGUUUGAUGUGGAGUUUACUAUCAACCGCUUCUCCCUGAAGCUGCAGCAUCGGGCGGUGGACUUGGCAACGAAACACGAGCUGAAAGACGUGCUGUUCCCAUCUGGUGCAGCGGUGACUGAUCGCCCCAUGCCUCAACUCAGGAUGUUUAACCAGCAGCUGGAGAACAACGCAGAGCAAAAAGCUGCGGUCCGGUGCAUUGUGGCCGGAUCAUCGAAACCAGCUCCUCAUCUUGUGUUUGGGCCUCCUGGAACCGGAAAGACGGUCACUCUUGUUGAAGCUAUGAAUCAGGUUAGCAGGGCAGAUCCAUCAGCGCACAUCCUCGCCUGUGCACCUUCCAACAGCGCCUGUGACUUGCUCUGCGAGAGACUGAUGGUGCACAUGGAUCCCCACCAGGUUUACCGCAUGUACGCCAGCAGCCGAGACCCGAGGAGCGUCCCUAAGCAGCUGCUGAAAUAUUGUAACUUGGAUCUGGCACAAGAUGGAUUUGUGUUUCCAGAGAAAGAAAUUCUGAUGAAACACACCAUCAUUGUCACAACUAUGAUCACAGCUGGAAGACUUGUGUCUGGAGGAAUCCCAGUCGGCCAUUUUACCCAUGUGUUUGUGGACGAAGGAGGCCAGGCAGUGGAGCCGGAGUGCAUCAUCGCAAUUGCAGGUCUGCUCCACCCAGAGAAGGGUCAGUUGGUGCUGGCGGGAGAUCCCAAGCAGCUGGGACCCAUCGUUCGAUCUCGUCUUGCGUUGCAAAAUGGACUCGGGCUCUCUCUGCUGGAGAGGCUGAUGAGGCACAACGAUUUAUAUCAGACGAACGCCGACUCUGGACAAUACGACACCCGCUUUGUCACCAAACUGCUGCGGAACUACAGGUCUCACGCUGCCAUUCUGAAAAUCCCCAACGAGCUGUUCUAUGAGAAUAAACUGCAGGUGUUUGCCGACCAGGGGGACCGCGAGACCUACUGCAACUGGGAACACCUCCCGAAAAAGGGCUUCCCUGUGAUCUUCCACGGGGUGAUGGGGAAAGACGAGAGGGAGGCCAACAGUCCGUCCUUCUUCAACGUGUCUGAGAUUGAAGUUCUGGUCGGCUACCUCACCAAGCUGGUGGAAACGCAAGGAAAGAAGGGUCUCCCCACGCUCGCUGCAAAGGACAUCGGCAUAAUCGCCCCCUACCGGAAACAAGUUGAGAAAAUCCAAAAAGCCCUGAGGUCCCUCUCGGCACUGAGUCGAUGGAGUGACAUCAAAGAGCUCAAGGUGGGGUGUGUGGAGGAGUUUCAGGGACAAGAGAGGAAGAUCAUCAUGAUUUCUACCGUCCGCAGCAGCAUCAACUAUGUGAAGAUGGACAAAGAUUUCAACAUUGGAUUCCUGUCAAAUGAGAAGAGGUUCAACGUGGCCGUGACGAGGGCCAGGUCUCUGUUGAUCAUCGUGGGAAACCCUGUGAUCCUCAACAAGGACUCCACCUGGGAGAAGUUCAUCAGCUACUGUGUGAAGGAGAAGGGCUACGCGGGAUUUGACAUCGAUGACGCGGAAGGCGAAGAUGAUGUCGUGUUGCGACUGGCAACCCUGAAGAUCAGCGUGGACGAUGAAAGUCCUGGAGCAGAGGAGAGCGCCCUGCAGCAGCAUGUGGACCCAGACUGGAAAAAUGAGCAUUAAAAAAUCUCCUUCAGAUAACAAAACUAUCUGCAGUGAAAUCCGAGACUGCUUAAGUACAAAAAGUAUUACAUAUUUCCUCUUUCUGCUUUAAACACAAAGGAAACAUCUAUAAUUUAGGAAUCUAUACUUUUUAUGAAACUUUUCUUACAGUACAUUUGCAUAUUUUGGUGAAAUAAACCGUUCUGUUUUUGAUCAUGCCAAAGUGAA